GGAUCACAUGAUUAUGGCCACCGAACGAAACCAAGCACAACCUAAAGGGCACCUUCCUGUACUUGACCAAGGCCGAACGUCUAUGAGAGAAUUAGCCCAUAGAGACGUCCAGACGGCGUAUCAUCUACAGCCUUCGCCUCUUCAUGUCUGGGGUGUUGAUGUGGGAUUAAGUCCAAGAUCAAUCUUCUGAUCUCCCUCGCUCGCUGACUCAACCACAUUCUCAAGUAUAAUAUCCCCCCAGGUGAGAGAUCGCGGAGCGCGACAUCCUGCUCCGCCACGUGCCUGAAGUUCUUGCAAAAUGAAGAAGUCCAAGUUCAUGUUCAUCAACAAAAACCCUGAGUCCGAUUCGCUCUCUCACAGCAACAAGAAAGAGCGCAUCCAAAUACACAGUCAUGUCCAGAAAGACCGCCGGUACCACAAGUCCCAGAACGGCAUAAUCAUCACAGCUCAGCUACCUCAUCUGCAGCCUGGUCGUGCCGGCAGCAGCUCAGCAACCUCCAGUGGCCACUUGGCAAGCGAGAAAGGGGUCGAACCAAGACAUUCCAAGAGGAAGGGUUCGAAGCUACUUCUCAGCCAAGUCGGAUGUAAUGUGAAUAGUGGCAAUAGUGGACAGACGCAGCCACAGGACGCGAACAUCGAUCCUCUUCUCUGGGUAAUGUCUCAACACAACGACUCGAACCAAUCAUCUCCAGACGGUAUUCCGGUAUUUCCAGCUUCAGCAGAAGAAAACUUCGACCCCUUCGACGUCACUUGUGUCAGAGUCGACCAGUCUAUACACAAUCUGCUCCAGUAUUUCCUCAGAGUCCAUCAUCCUGCUACAUGGCAUCUUGAAGCUGGGAAGGAGCAGAAUUAUGCUUUUCGAUACGAUGCCUUGUCAGUCAUUCAAGGCUGUCUACACGAUCAGUACAACAUGUACUCGUUGUUAGCAUCCAUGUCCAGCUACAUGACGUUUAUCGAUGCCAUACCACCUUCGGGUCAUGGCAAUUUCUACAUUCACAAAGCUCUGCAGUCUUCCCAAAGAUACGUUGAAAGCCGUCAACCACUAACCAGCAGGACGAUUUUCAAUACUUUCCACCUUGGUUGUGCAGAAUGGUAUAGGUACAAUGUCGACGCGGCGGUCGUGCAUAUGAAGGGUGCGAAAGCAAUGGUCGACUCACUCGGCGGGUUGGGGUCACUACAGGGUCCGCUCGUGGAGCUACUUCUCAAUGGCGACGCAUACAUCGCAGCCGAGAUGAACCGAAAGCCACUCUGGUCCCAUGCCGAUUUCGAGCCCGGUGAAGACCAUCCUAUGAUCGGUUAUGCCCUCCAAGAACUUCAGAGAGUCCAGUCAGGCAAGGUCCGGACGGCAGUUGGCCUGCUCACGUCCACACAGCAAGAGAUCGUCCCGUCAAGUCUACGAUGGAUCAUCCUAGAUCUGACGGUCGUGCUGUCAGCACUGAAAAUAUCUCAGUCGUCGGCUCGCAAGGCCGACAAGUUACCCAAGGGUGGCCUGCACUGGAUAUAUCUCCGUAACCUAGCCAUCAAACAUCGCCUCCUGGAAAUCGAUCUGGAGGACCCCAGAAGCGAAGCCAUUCGCAUCGCAGUGCUCUUGUGGAUAUAUAUGUGUUUCACAUACGCCGGACGACGGAGAUCAAUCAAAAUCAUUGCCCCUUUCCUGCGGCAGACUCUGCUGAGAACAUCGAAAAAUGAUUGGACUGGCCACGAAGAAGUCCACCUCUGGACGUUGUGCAUCGGAGGUCUCUCAGCUACGCUAGGUAGCGACGAACACACAUGGUUCCUGACGGAGAUCAAGGACAGUCCCAUAGGCACACUUGGCGAUUCGGAGGUCAUCUUCGACGUCCUGGUGAGCUUGUCGCAUAAAUUCUUCUACCUCGAGUCGGCGCAGAAAUCCAUACUGAAGGCUCUCGCACAAGGUAUUUUUGCCACGACCCCGGGCAAAGCGGCAUCAAAAGCGUGAGUCGGUCCAAACAUCAAGAAUUUGAACAACCCCGCGCACUGAGGAAUGACAGAGCAUACCGCCAGAUGACAAGCGUGGCUGGACGCGCGCCUCCAGCUUCUUCCUGGAAAUCACGAGGUCGCGCUCCUCAGGCUACAAAUGCGACCCCAGAGCUUGGAAGUGCUAGAGAACAGAUGGACGGCGACGCCGGCUCAGUCAGGUCCAGUAUCAUGUUUGCUUCUGAGUAACUGGGCCAGCGCAGUUUCUGGGAGAGGGGCAACAUCGGCCAAAUGGCUGCCCAUGAAUCACUAACCCUCCCCGCAAU